AAGUCACAAAGUUUCUCUAGACUCAAAGAAAAUCAUGUACGGCCUUGCUGGUUACGGAAGAACACUUAUGAAGCACCCAAACUGGGUUUUGUGCUACGGUGGAGAUAUCCCAGAUAGAGCAUUCCCAGCUGGCAUCAGUGAAGAUGGUGAAGCUGUUCUUGUUGGUAGAUUCAUCAUUGAAGAUGCUCUUACCCCCGGAAAAGUUAAGGCAUCCCAAGGCAAAUGUUACGUUCCAUUCGGUGGUGACGAAAAAGAUUCUGAAGAAUACGAAAUCCUAGUUGAAACUGAUGACGCCAGCUUUGAUUGGCUCCCAAACUCCGGUGGCAACGUACCAGUAGGGGCUGUUAUUGGCGGUUACAAAGCCGAUGGAAACAAAAUCUACAUCGGAAGAACCUACCACGAAGGAAAAAUCAUCGUCGGAAAAGUUAACGUUGAACAAGGAUGUCUUUACAUCGCCGAUUCUGGUGCUGAACAUAGAUACGACGACUACGAGAUCUUGGUCUGCAAAACCAUAGAUUUAUAA